GAAAUGUCACUUCUUUCUAGUCGGAAACCUUUGUAACCGGACCAUGCACUUCCGGUUAUUGACGUCAUUUUCUCGGCAUGCUGCAGACUUCGAGCAGAAAGUGAAUCCAAGAAAAUAGAUCUUUAGAAUCCAGAAAUCAUGGGGAUACUCGAGAAAAUAGCGGAAAUCGAGAGAGAAAUCUCUCGGACUCAAAAAAAUAAAGCUACCGAGUACCAUCUAGGAUUAUUGAAGGCCAAGUUGGCCAAAUACAGAGCUCAGCUUUUGGAACCUUCAAAAUCUGCUGGAGCCAAAGGCGAAGGCUUUGAUGUAAUGAAAUCUGGCGAUGCCAGGGUAGCGCUGAUUGGGUUUCCAUCCGUGGGUAAGUCCACUUUCCUUAGCUUAAUGACAUCAACUGAAAGUGAAGCUGCAUCAUAUGAGUUCACCACAUUAACGUGCAUCCCGGGUGUCAUUACGUACAAAGGUGCCAACAUACAACUCUUGGAUUUGCCUGGAAUCAUUGAGGGUGCUGCUCAGGGUAAGGGUAGAGGUCGGCAAGUCAUCGCAGUGGCUCGAACAGCUGAUGUUGUAAUCAUGAUGCUGGAUGCAACAAAAGGGGAUGUCCAGAGGGUACUGCUGGAAAAGGAGUUGGAGUCUGUUGGCAUAAGACUAAACACUUCAAAACCAAAUAUUUACUUCAAGCCCAAGAAAGGUGGUGGACUGUCCUUCAACUCAACAUUGCCUCUCACGCAGUGCUCUGAGAAGCUGGUGCAACUUAUUUUGCAUGAAUACAAAAUCUUCAACGCAGAGGUUUUGUUCAGAGAGGAUUGCACACCAGAUGAGUUUAUCGAUGUCAUUGUGGGAAACAGAGUUUAUAUGCCUUGCUUGUAUGUGUACAACAAAGUGGACCAGAUCUCAAUCGAGGAGGUGGACCGAUUGGCUCGCAGACCAAAUAGUGUGGUAAUCAGCUGUGGUAUGAAACUGAAUCUCGACUACCUCCUGGAACAGCUGUGGGAUUACCUGGCUCUUAUCUGCUUGUACACCAAGAAGAGGGGAGAACGGCCCGAUUUCGGAGAUCCCAUCAUCAUGAGAAGAGGGGCGUCAGUAGAACAUGUGUGUCACCGAAUUCACAGAACAUUAGCCAGCCAGUUCAAGUAUGCCCUGGUGUGGGGAACGAGCACAAAGUACAGUCCACAAAGGGUGGGUCUGACACACAUCAUGGAGCACGAGGAUGUCAUCCAGAUUGUGAAGAAAUAAGCAUUUCCUUCUCAACUCCCCACAAGAAACUCCUGUUGUCGAGGACUCUAAAGGAAAUACUCUUGAGCUGUGUAAUAGGCUCUGUCGACAGUUUCAGGUUUUGUGAUUAAGAUCUAAGAGGUCAGAUACUGGACAUAUCUGAGCAGGUGAGGAAAGCAAAAGAAAUAUGAGCAUUGACACAUGCAAUGUGUUGACAAAAGGACUGUAAAAAUAAAUUUCACCUAAUUUGGUUCUCUGAUUGUAAAA